CAUUUGAAUCAGUAUAGCUACAUCGCUGAGAAAGUCGUGAGGUUCCCCACCGAAGAGCUGGUAUUCCUCAUUGAAUUCUUAAGGAAAUCCAGUGAUGUCACUGUGUUCAAACUCAGGAGGCAACUGAGAGAUGCAAGUGAACGGUUGGAGUUCCUGAUGGACUAUGCAGACUUGCCCCAAGAGGAUAUCAAAUUGAACAGCACUCUGUUCCUCUGGCCAGACCAGAUUGAAGAUGUCUUCGAAGCCAGCCGAAAUCUGCUCCUAAACAAGAGGGAUCAGGCAGAGAUGGAUCUGAUUAAAAGAUGCUCUGAAUUUGAGUCGAAACUUGAAGGCUAUGGCAAGGAACUGGAAGGCUUCAGAAAGCGUGAAGUGAUGACUACAGAAGAAAUGAAGAACAAUGUUGAAAAGCUUAAUGAACUUUCCAAGAACCUAGAUCUGGCACUGGUGGAAUUUGAGCAGAUCAAUAAAGAGGAAGAGCUGCUGGAAAAGGAAAAGAGUACCUUUCCUAUUUUGCAAACUUUGAUGACCAAUAAAGUGCCAUAUGAGCAGCUGUGGACAACAGCCUACGAGUUCAGCACCAAGUCUGAGGAGUGGAUGAACGGGCCCCUGUUUUUGCUAAAUGCUGAGGAAAUUGCGGAAGAGAUAGGAAAUAUGUGGAGGACAACAUAUAAGUUGACCAAGACCUUGGCUGAAGUGCCUGCACCCAGGCGCUUAGCAGAGAAUGUCAAGUUGAAGAUUGAUAAGUUUAAGCAGAACCUUCCUCUCCUCAGCAUUUCCUGCAACCCAGGAAUGAAAGAACGGCACUGGCAACAGAUCAGUGAUAUUGUUGGCUAUGAAAUAAAGCCCACGGAAACGACUUGCCUCUUAAAUAUGCUGGAAUUCGGACUUAGCAAAUACCUUGAAAAACUGGAGCCCAUUGGUGCAGCUGCGAGCAAAGAAUAUUCUCUGGAGAAAAACUUGGAGAAAAUGAAGUUAGACUGGGUUAACAUGACAUUCAGCUUGGUGAAAUAUAGGGACACUGAUACAAGCAUCUUGAGUGCAGUUGAUGACAUUCAACUACAACUCGAUGACCAUGUGAUAAAGACCCAGACCAUGUGUGGCUCUACCUUCAUCAAGCCAAUAGAAGCAGAAUGCCGGAAAUGGGAAGAAAAGCUGGUACGUGUGCAGGAAAAUUUGGAUGCCUGGUUGAAAUGCCAAGCCACUUGGCUGUACCUGGAACCGAUCUUCAGCUCAGAGGACAUCAUAGCCCAGAUGCCAGAAGAGGGCAGAAAAUUUGGCACUGUUGAUGGUUACUGGAAGACACUCAUGGCCCAAGCAGUGAAAGAUGCCAGGGUUCUGGUAGCAGCAGACCAGCCACGGAUGACUGAAAAGCUUCAAGAAGCAAAUCUUCUGUUGGAAGACAUUCAGAAGGGGCUGAAUGAUUACUUGGAGAAGAAAAGACUAUUUUUCCCCAGAUUCUUCUUCCUGUCAAAUGAUGAACUGCUAGAGAUCUUGUCUGAGACAAAGGACCCCCUCCGAGUGCAGCCACACUUGAAGAAGUGCUUUGAAGGAAUUGCCAAACUAGAGUUUACAGAAAAUCUGGAAAUCGUGGGCAUGAUCAGCUCAGAAAAAGAAACUGUUCCCUUCAUACAGAAAAUCUAUCCAGUUAAAGCCAAAGGCAUGGUGGAAAAGUGGCUACAGCAGGUGGAGCAGAUAAUGCUAUCUAGUAUGCGGGAUGUUAUUGGACUUGGGAUUGAAGCAUAUACUAUGGUUCCUCGGAACUCCUGGGUCUUGCAGUGGCCUGGACAGGUGGUUAUCUGUGUUUCCUCCAUCUUUUGGACCAAGGAGGUAUCCAAAGCCCUGGCAGAAAACACGCUACUGAAUUUUCUGCAAAAGAGCAAUGACCAGAUUGCUCAGAUCGUGGAGCUGGUGCGAGGGAAGCUGAGCAGCGGAGCUCGGCUCACUCUUGGAGCCCUCACCGUCAUCGAUGUCCAUGCUCGUGAUGUAGUGGCCAAGUUAGCUGAGGACAGAGUCUCCAGUCUGAAUGAUUUCCAGUGGAUCUCGCAGCUGCGCUACUACUGGGAGGAAAAGGAUGUGAAUGUGCAGAUGAUAACCACAGAGGCCUUGUAUGGCUAUGAGUACCUGGGAAAUUCCCCCAGGCUGGUGAUUACGCCCCUCACUGACCGAUGCUACAGGACACUGAUGGGUGCUUUAAAGCUGAACCUUGGUGGAGCUCCAGAGGGUCCAGCUGGAACAGGCAAAACAGAAACCACCAAAGAUCUGGCCAAAGCCUUGGCCAAGCAGUGUGUGGUCUUCAACUGCUCAGAUGGUUUGGAUUACAAAGCCAUGGGGAAGUUUUUCAAGGGACUGGCCCAGGCUGGAGCAUGGGCUUGUUUUGAUGAAUUCAACAGGAUCGAGGUAGAAGUGCUGUCUGUGGUAGCCCAGCAGAUUCUCAGCAUUCAACAAGCCAUUAUCCGGAAACUGAAGACCUUUAUCUUUGAAGGCACUGAACUCUCUCUGAACCCAACUUGCGCUGUCUUCAUCACCAUGAACCCUGGGUAUGCUGGCAGAGCUGAGCUGCCAGACAACCUCAAGGCCUUAUUUCGGACAGUGGCCAUGAUGGUGCCAGAUUACGCACUCAUUGGAGAAAUCUCCCUCUAUUCUAUGGGAUUUCUGGAUUCAAGAAGUCUUGCCCAGAAGAUAGUUGCGACCUACCGUCUAUGCUCAGAACAACUCUCCUCCCAGCAUCACUAUGACUAUGGCAUGCGUGCUGUCAAGUCUGUGCUCACUGCUGCAGGCAACCUGAAGCUCAAGUAUCCAGAGGAGAAUGAAAGUGUCUUGCUGCUCCGGGCCUUGCUUGAUGUCAACCUGGCUAAGUUCUUAGCUCAAGAUGUCCCUCUGUUUCAGGGAAUUAUCUCAGACUUAUUUCCUGGCAUUGUUCUUCCAAAGCCAGACUAUGAAGUUUUUCUGGAAGCACUGAACGUAAACAUCAGAAAGAUGAAGCUCCAGCCAGUACCUUGGUUUAUUGGGAAAAUUAUCCAGAUCUAUGAGAUGAUGCUGGUAAGACAUGGCUUUAUGAUUGUCGGAGAUCCCAUGAGUGGCAAGACCUCUGCUUAUAAAGUGCUGGCUGCAGCUCUGGGUGAUUUGUAUGCAGCCAACCAGAUGGAGGAGUUUGCUGUGGAGUUCAAGAUCAUCAACCCCAAGGCCAUCACAAUGGGUCAGCUGUAUGGGUGCUUUGAUGCAGUGAGCCAUGAGUGGACAGAUGGUAUCCUAGCCAAUGCUUUCCGAGAGCAAGCAUCUUCCACGACUGAUGACCGCAAGUGGAUUAUAUUUGAUGGACCAGUGGAUGCUGUUUGGAUUGAAAACAUGAACACUGUUCUGGAUGACAAUAAAAAGCUGUGUUUGAUGAGUGGAGAGAUUAUCCAGAUGAGCCCCAAGAUGAGUCUGAUCUUUGAGCCAGCAGACCUUGAGCAGGCCUCCCCAGCCACCGUGAGCAGGUGUGGGAUGAUCUAUAUGGAGCCCCAUCAACUAGGUUGGAAGCCCCUGAAGGAUUCAUACAUGGAUACUCUGCCCUCCAGCCUCACUGAGGAACACAAGGAAUUGGUCAAUGACAUGUUCAUGUGGCUUGUUCAACCCUGCCUGGAAUUUGGUUGCCUUCAGUGUAAAUUUGUAGUCCAAACAUCUCCCAUCCAUUUGGCCUACUCAAUGAUGAGACUGUACUCCUCUCUGCUUGAUGAAAUUGAGAAAAUAGAAGAGGAGGAAAGUGAUUUAUUUGAAGGUCUGUCAAGUCAACAGAUCUUUCUCUGGCUGCAAGGACUCUUCCUCUUUUCCUUGGUAUGGACUGUGGCUGGCACCAUCAAUGCAGAGAGCAGAAAGAAAUUUGAUGUGUUUUUCCGCAACCUUAUCAUGGGCAUGGAUGACAACCACCCAAGACCUAAAAGUGUCAAACUCACCAAAAACAACAUCUUCCCAGAAAGAGGAAGCAUCUAUGAUUUUUAUUUCAUCAAACAAGGUAGUGGAUAUUGGGAUGUGUGGACAGAGUAUAUCACCAAAGAGGAAGAAAAUAUCCCUGCUGGUGCAAAGGUCUCAGAACUCAUCAUCCCCACAAUGGAGACUGCCCGGCAGUCCUUCUUCUUGAAAACCUACCUGGACCAUGAGAUUCCAGUGCUGUUCGUGGGCCCCACAGGUACUGGCAAAUCAGCCAUCACCAACAACUUUCUUCUCAGCCUUCCCAAAAACAUCUACCAGCCCAACUUCAUCAAUUUCUCUGCCAGAACUUCAGCCAAUCAGACACAGGAUAUCAUCAUGUCCAAGCUGGAUCGCCGGCGGAAGGGACUUUUUGGUCCUCCUAUGGGGAAGAAAGCAGUGGUGUUUGUAGAUGACCUCAACAUGCCAGCUAAAGAGGUGUAUGGGGCCCAGCCCCCAAUCGAGCUUCUGAGACAAUGGAUUGACCAUGGUUACUGGUUUGACAAGAAAGACACGACCAGGCUGGACAUUACGGAUGUGCUGCUUGUGACAGCCAUGGGCCCCCCUGGGGGAGGAAGGAAUGACAUUACUGGACGAUUCACUCGUCAUCUGAGUAUCAUUUCCAUCAAUGCCUUUGAGGAUGACAUUUUAACUAAGAUUUUCAGUUCUAUUGCUGACUGGCACUUCAGGAAAGGAUUUGAUAUUAACUUCUUAAGGUAUGGGAAGAUGCUGGUUCAAGCUACCAAGACUAUUUAUAGAGCUGCAGUGGAGAACUUCCUGCCAACUCCUUCCAAGUCACAUUACGUCUUUAACCUGCGGGACUUCUCCCGGGUGAUCCAGGGGGUACUGCUAUGCCCUCACACCCACCUGCAGGAUGUGGAAAAAUUUAUCCGGCUUUGGAUUCAUGAAGUUUAUCGAGUCUUUUAUGACCGUCUGAUUGACCAGGAAGACAGACAGGUCUUCUUCAAUAUGGUGAAGGAAACCACCUCCAAUUGCUUUAAGCAGACUCUGGAGAAGGUGCUCAUCCACUUGUCACCCGAUGGAAAGAUAGCUGAUGAUAACAUCCGUAGCCUCUUCUUUGGGGAUUUCUUCAAGCCAGGAAGUGACCAGAAAAUCUAUGAUGAGAUCACUGAUCUGAAACAGCUCACAGUGGUUAUGGAUUACUACCUGGAAGAAUUCAACAACAUCAGUAAGGCCCCCAUGUCUUUGGUCAUGUUUAAAUUUGCCAUUGAGCACAUCUCCAGAAUCUGCAGAGUCCUGAAGCAGAACAAAGGCCACUUGCUUCUGGUAGGCAUUGGGGGCAGUGGGCGGCAGAGUGCCACCAAACUAUCUACAUUCAUGAACUCAUAUGAGCUAUACCAGAUUGAAAUCACAAAGAAUUACACAGGCAAUGACUGGCGGGAGGACCUGAAGAAGAUCAUGCUGCAGGCUGGGGUGGCCAUCAAGAGUACUGUGUUCCUCUUUGCUGAUAACCAGAUCAAGGAUGAGUCAUUUGUUGAGGACAUCAACAUGCUUCUGAACACAGGCGAUGUGCCCAAUAUCUUUCCAGCUGAUGAGAAGGCUGACAUUGUGGAAAAGAUGCAAUCAGCAGCCAGGACAGAAGGAGAGAAGUUUGAAGUCACUCCUCUUUCUAUGUACAACUUCUUUAUUGAGAGGGUGAAAAAGAACCUUCACAUUGUGCUUGCCAUGAAUCCAAUUGGAGAUGCCUUCAGAAACCGCCUGCGGAUGUUCCCUUCGCUGAUCAAUUGCUGUACCAUCGAUUGGUUCCAGUCCUGGCCCACAGAUGCCCUGGAGUUGGUGGCCAACAAAUUUCUAGAGGAUGUGGAACUUGAUGACAACAUUCGAACAGAGGUUGUCUCUAUGUGCAAAUAUUUUCAGGAGAGCGUGAAGAAGCUGUCACUCGAUUAUUACAACACACUUCGCAGACACAAUUAUGUAACUCCCACCUCCUAUCUUGAACUGAUCUUAACCUUCAAGGCACUCCUGAAUAGCAAGAGGCAAGAGGUGGACCUGAUGAGAAACCGCUACCUGACGGGUUUGCAGAAGCUCGACUUUGCAUCUUCACAAGUGGCAGUCAUGCAAGUAGAACUGACUGCUCUUCAACCUCAACUCAUCCAAACCUCUGAGGAAACAGAUAAGAUGAUGGUGAAGAUUGAAGAAGAGACCAAAGAAGCCGAUGCCAAGAAGCUUCUAGUGCAGGCAGAUGAAAAAGAAGCCAAUGCUGCAGCUGCCAUUUCUCAAGCAAUCAAGACUGAAUGUGAGGGGGACCUGGCUGAGGCCAUGCCAGCACUUGAGGCCGCACUUGCUGCACUAGACACCCUAAACCCAGCUGACAUCUCACUUGUGAAGGCGAUGCAGAACCCACCAGGCCCUGUCAAACUUGUCAUGGAGAGCAUCUGUGUUAUGAAGGGGCUGAAGCCAGAGAGAAAACCAGAUCCCAGCGGCUCCGGCAAGAUGAUAGAAGAUUUUUGGGGAGUGUCAAGAAAGAUUCUUGGAGAUCUAAAGUUCUUGGAGAGUCUUAAGACAUAUGACAAAGACAACAUUCCCCCAGUGAUCAUGAAGCGGAUCCGGGAAAGGUUUAUCGAUCAUCCCGAGUUCCAGCCAGCUGUCAUUAAAAACGUGUCCUCAGCCUGUGAGGGUCUGUGCAAGUGGGUGAGAGCCAUGGAGGUGUAUGAUCGAGUGGCCAAGGUCGUGGCUCCAAAACGAGAGCGACUGAAGGAGGCCGAAGGGAAACUGGACAUACAGAUGCAAAAGCUGAACCAGAAACGAGCAGAGUUGAAGCUGGUGGAAGACCGACUCCAGGCCUUAAAUGAUGAUUUUGAAGAGAUGAAUAACAAGAAAAAGAUGUUGGAGGAAAACAUUGAGAUCUGCUCCCAAAAACUGAUCAGGGCAGAGAAACUGAUCAGUGGUCUUGGGGGAGAGAAGGACAGGUGGACCGAAGCUGCCCGGCAGCUGGGGAUCCGAUAUACAAAUCUGACAGGGGAUGUGUUGGUGUCCUCUGGGACUGUGGCUUAUCUGGGUGCCUUCACAGUGGAUUAUCGGGUUGAAUGCCAAAAGGAGUGGUUGGAACACUGUAAGGACAAGGUCAUCCCUGGCUCCAUUGACUUCAGCCUCAGCAACACAUUAGGGGAUCCUGUAAAAAUCCGUGCCUGGCAGAUUGCGGGGCUUCCCAUUGACUCCUUCUCCAUUGAUAAUGGCAUCAUUGUGUCCAAUUCUAGACGCUGGCCUCUAAUGAUUGACCCUCAGGGGCAGGCCAAUAAGUGGAUCAAGAACAUGGAGAAAGCGAAUAAACUGUCCAUCAUCAAGUUCUCUGAUACCAACUAUGUGAGGACGCUGGAAAAUGCCCUGCAGUUUGGCACCCCUGUCUUACUGGAAAACAUUGGAGAAGAGCUGGAUGCCUUCAUUGAACCCAUCUUGCUUAAGGCAACAUUCAAGCAACAAGGGGUUGAGUACAUGAGGCUGGGUGAGAAUAUCAUCGAAUAUUCCAGGGAUUUUAAGUUAUACAUUACCACACGUUUUAGGAACCCACACUACCUCCCUGAAGUUGCCGUGAAAGUCUGUCUCCUCAACUUCAUGAUCACCCCUUUGGGUCUCCAAGAUCAACUCCUUGGCAUUGUAGCUGCUAAGGAGAAGCCGGAACUGGAAGAGAAAAAGAACAAGUUGAUUGUGGAAAGUGCCCAGAACAAGAAGCAGCUAAAGGAAAUUGAAGAUAAGAUUUUGGAGGUUCUUUCCCUGUCUGAGGGCAACAUCCUUGAGGAUGAAACUGCCAUCGAAGUUUUAUCCUCCUCCAAAGUGCUAUCAGAAGAAAUCUCUGAGAAACAGGAAACAGCUUCAAUGACAGAAAUGCAGAUCGAUGAGACUCGGAUGGGCUACAAGCCAGUGGCCGUGCACUCUGCCACCAUCUUCUUCUGUAUCUCUGACCUGGCCAAUAUCGAACCUAUGUACCAGUACUCCCUGACAUGGUUCAUCAACCUCUACGUGCAUUCCCUGGCCCGCAGCACAAAGAGCGAAGCGCUGGAUGUGCGCAUCAAGUACAUCAUUGACCAUUUUACCCUGAGCAUCUACAGCAAUGUGUGCCGCUCUCUGUUUGAGAAGGACAAGUUGCUCUUCUCCCUUCUCCUGACCAUCGGCAUCUUGAAAGAGAAAAAGGAAAUUAAUGAGGAAAUUUGGUAUUUCCUUCUAACUGGAGGCAUUGCCCUGGAUAACCCCUUUCCUAACCCGGCUCCUGAAUGGUUGUCUGAGAAAGCCUGGGCAGAGGUGGUUCGUGCAUCCUCCUUACCAAAACUGAAAGGCCUUAUGGAACAUUUGGAACAAAAUGCCAAAGAAUGGAAGCAGAUCUAUGAUUCAGUUUGGCCCCAUGAAGAAACAUUCCCUGGAAACUGGAAGUUCCUUGAAGGAUUGGAGAGGAUGGUGAUCCUCCGAUGUUUGCGGCCUGACAAGAUAAUCCCAGCUAUUCGGGAGUUCAUAACUGAACACAUGGGAAAGGUAUACAUCGAAGCCCCCACCUUUGAUCUCCAGGGAUCCUACAAUGAUUCCAGCUGUUGUGCACCAUUGAUUUUUGUGUUGUCUCCAGGCGCAGACCCAAUGGCAGGCCUGCUGAAGUUUGCAGAUGACCUUGGCAUGGGAGGUGCCAAAACACAGACUAUCUCCCUUGGCCAAGGCCAAGGCCCUAUUGCUGCCAAAAUGAUCAACACUGCCAUCAAUGAAGGGACCUGGGUGGUCCUACAGAACUGCCAUCUGGCUACCAGCUGGAUGCCUGCAUUGGAAAAGAUCUGUGAGGAGGUGAUUGUUCCUGAGAGCACCAACGUGAAAUUCAGACUCUGGCUAACCAGCUAUCCAUCAGAGAAGUUUCCAGUCAGCAUUCUCCAGAAUGGGAUCAAAAUGACCAAUGAGCCCCCUAAAGGGCUCCGGGCCAACCUUUUGCGCUCCUACCUCAAUGACCCCAUCUCAGACUCAUUGUUCUUCCAAAGCUGUGCAAAACCAGUGAUGUGGCAAAAGCUGUUGUUUGGCCUUUGCUUCUUCCAUGCCAUUGUUCAAGAGAGGAGGAACUUUGGACCCCUAGGUUGGAAUAUACCUUAUGAAUUUAAUGAAUCUGAUCUAAGGAUUAGUGUGCGGCAGAUCCAGAUGUUUCUCAAUGAGUACAAGGAGGUGCCAUUUGAUGCUUUAACUUACCUCACAGGGGAAUGUAAUUAUGGAGGCAGAGUGACUGAUGACAAAGACAGGCGUCUCCUGUUGUCUCUUUUGUCCACUUUCUACUGUAAGGAAAUUGAACAGGACCAUUACUUCCUUGCUCCUGGAGAGACUUACUACAUCCCUCCCCAUGGCUCCUACCAGACCUACAUUGAGUAUCUCAGGACCCUCCCCAUCACAGCCCACCCAGAAGUAUUUGGCCUCCAUGAGAAUGCUGACAUCACCAAGGACAACCAGGAAACCAACCAACUCUUUCAAGGGGUGCUAUUGACUCUCCCUAGACAGUCAGGAGGGAGUGGCAAGUCCCCUCAGGAAGUGGUGGAGGAGCUGGCCCAGGACAUACUCUCCAAGCUUCCCAAUGAUUUUGAUUUGGAAAAGGUCAUGAAGUUGUACCCUGUGGUCUAUAAGGAAUCAAUGAAUACUGUCCUAAGGCAGGAACUCAUCAGAUUCAACAGGCUUACCAAAGUGGUUCGCAGAAGCCUCAUUGAUCUCGACCGAGCCAUCAAAGGGCAGGUUCUGAUGUCCUCAGAGCUGGAGGAAGUCUUCAAUAGUGUGCUCGUGGGUAAAGUGCCAGUUAUGUGGGCAGCCAAGUCCUACCCAUCACUGAAGCCCCUGGGGGGCUAUGUGGCUGACCUACUGGCCCGCCUGGCCUUCUUCCAGGAGUGGAUUGAUAAGGGGCCCCCUGUAGUGUUUUGGAUCUCUGGAUUCUACUUCACACAGUCUUUUUUGACUGGUGUCUCUCAGAAUUAUUCCCGGAAAUACACCAUCCCCAUUGACCAUGUUGGAUUUGAGUUUGAGGUAACCACACAAGAAACAGCCAUAGAGAGUAACCCAGAAGAUGGGGCCUAUAUAAAAGGUCUCUUCCUAGAAGGUGCCCGCUGGGACAGGAGAGUUAUGCAGAUUGGAGAAUCUCUCCCCAAAAUCCUCUAUGACCCCUUACCCAUCAUUUGGUUGAAACCUGGAAAGAGUGCAACAUUUCUGCAUCAGAACAUUUAUGUGUGUCCAGUCUACAAAACAAGUGCCCGGAGAGGUACUCUCUCCACUACUGGCCACUCUACCAACUACGUCCUCUCCAUUGAGCUCCCAACAAACAUGCCCCAGAAGCACUGGAUAAACCGAGGGGUGGCUUCAUUGUGCCAACUGGAUAACUGAUGGCAUUUGUCUCAAAAUAGAAAGUAAAUGGCAUUUCAUUCU